UUUAAAAAAAGGCCUAAACGCAUUUUGCAUGGUGUAUAUAUGCCAUAAAGAAGAUACAUGCACACAAGAAAUGAAGAAUCACAUCCAAGUUUAAAUGGAUUUCUCAGUUUUAUGUGUUGUAUGCUAAGGACUGUAAAUAAUGAGUCGCUCUGGCUGAUGUCAGGAUCUUACUAUCAGAGCACUUGUGCAGCAGUAAACCUAGAGUAAUCUUUCUUCUGUGUGCCAGGCUAUUUGGUUGGGGAUGCUAUAAGCAGGGAGGCUGAAGGCGUCCACCACCUUUGCUGGUUCUUUCAGCUCCCUUUGUCUCUGCAGUGACUUAUAGGAGGAAAAUAAGGCAGUGUCUUGAAAUGAGCGAUCAUUUGGAAGAAAACUGUACUGAGAAAAGCAAUUCUGCCCAUGAGGAACCUGUAGAAGUGUAUGCCACUCCCGCUAAGGAUUGUCAAAUAGCACAGAAGCAACUGCAACAAAUAGAGCGGCAACUAAAAUGCUUAGCGUUUCAAAACCCAGGACCUCAAGUAGCUGACUUCAACCCUGAAACUAGAGAGCAGAAGAAGAAAGAGCGUAUGGCAAAGAUGAACCAAGAUUUUUUUUAUAAACACAAAACUAUGAAGAAGUAUGACAAACAUGGCAGGCUGCUUUGUAAUAACAUGGAUUUGUGUGACUGCCUGGAGAAGAACUGCCUGGGUUGCUUCUAUCCGUGCCCUAAAUGCAAUUCGAACAAAUGUGGACCAGCGUGUCGCUGUAAUAGAAAAUGGGUUUAUGACAGAAUUGAGACUGAAGCUGGUGAAGUGAUCAGCAUGUUACCAUUUUUUGUCCCUGAAUGAUGUUUUUCUGCUAGCUUUUGUAACUGAGCAAUGUUUUUCUUUUCAUUCUUUUUUAUUUUU